UUUUUCUUUGAGCUCAGGAGAUUUUCCUACUCUUGGUUCUGAGAAGGACAAACCUGUACAUAAUUUUGAGUUGCAAGACCACAAUUCUCAUAUUCGACCUGGCUCUUCUUCUGGACUUGGGAAAGAGAAAAAUGAGACCCUAACUGUUGAUGAUGUUCCUGUUCAUGCUAAUGCGAAGGGUGAAACUGCAAAUUAUUGGAGAAGAGACUAUCAGGAUUUCAACGAGGAUGGUAUGAGGCCUGGAGUAGAGAAAUGGCAGGGGAAUUUCCAGCCCUAUCCUAAUGCUGCUAUUCCUCCUCAGCACUUUGAUGUUUGGCGUGGUGCUCCAGUAAAUAAUCAUCAACGUGAUAUUUGGUUCAGAGGUCCACCUAAUGGUCCUCCCUUUGCAACUCCUGUUGCUCCAGGUGGCUUUCCAAUCGAUCCAUUUCCAUUUUAUCGUCCACACAUUCCACCUGCUGGUCUUGCCAAUCCACCUCAUGUUCCCCCUCCUGGAAGUGGUCCAAGAGGGCAUCAUAAGAAUGGAGAAGUCUACAGACCACAUAUGCCUGAUGCUUACAUUCCUCCAGGUAUGCCAUUGAGACCUGGUUUUUUUCCUGGUCCAAUGGCUUUUGAAGGAUAUUAUGGUCCUCCAAUGGGAUAUUGUAAUUCAAACGAACGAGAUGUUCCAUUCAUGGGAAUGGUAGCUGGAGCCUCUGUUUAUAAUAGGAGCUCAAGCCAGAAUCCACCCGAGCCUGGCAAUUCACAUGGUAGAUCAGAUGGACCUAAUCCCGCAGUAAAGCCAUUGACCUCAGAACCGGUAGAAUCUAGUCGUACUCCUGAUACUGUCGGACCCUACAGGGUUCUUCUUAAGCAACACAACGAGUGGGAUGGAAAAAAUGAACCAACAAACAGGGAAGACUUGUUAACAACAAAUGCAUCAUUUGCCAAUGUGAGGGACAAGCCUACAGUAUCUGUUCAAGACAACGAUCAAAGUAGGAACAUGGAAAUGGAGUUAAGGAGAACAAAUGCUCGUGCCAAAGAAGCUUCUUCUCAAACAUCAGGAUAUCAAGGAUCUAGUUCUGUCAAUAAUGCUAAAUCUCUUGAAAGCACAGGAAGCUUUAAUAGGUUUGAUAAUAUUUCGGCAAGGAAAACAGAUGGUGUAGCCUCUAAUAUGCUAGAAAUUUCUUCAAGACCAUCAUCUGCCCCUAAAGAUUCCUCUCUGAUUCAGAAGAUAGAGGGUUUAAAUGCAAAGGCCAGGGAUAAUUUAUCUACUAAAAGUAAAGAGGAGAGGAGGAAUAAGUUUCAUGCUGGUAGCCUUGUGGAAAAUGAAGUCAAUGCUGGUGUUGUGUUUUCUGAGGCAACCCUUGCCACUGAAGCAAAAAAUCCAGCUGCUCGUGGAGUAGGUGCUUUUGAAGGCGAAAAGAAUUUUGAAUCAUCAUCUUUCAGUGGAACAGCUACAUCCAGGCAUAUUUCACAUGGCAUGCAAGGCAGAGGCAAUCACCGUAAGGGUAGACUCGAUACUCAAGAUGCCGAUGGUUGGCGAAAGAAAUCCGGGGUCAUAUAUUCUUCAACUACAUCAGGUACACAGUUGGAUGCAUCUAACAUUCUUGUUGGUGAGCAUCAAAUAUCUGUUGAUGCCUAUGAAAGGUCUGGGUCCAAUAGCCUAGUAAGGCGCGAAGGAGAAUCUACGCAAACUUCAGCUGAUAGCCAUGCACAGCAUGCUAAAACAAAAGAGCUAGCCAAGCAACGGACUAAGCAACUGCAAGAGGAAGAGGUGGAGCGGACUAAAAAGCAAAAGGCUAAAAGUCUAGUGAAGUUAGAUGAAGUAAACAGGCGCAUGCAAACUGUGAAAGGGUCAACACAGAAAGAGUAUGAUGCAAAUUAUUCCCUAGAGAAGAAGCAAGAAGAAUUUCAACCUUCUGAAACAGCAACAGUAUUGGGCAAAUCUGGAGCAGCCGAUUCAUCUGUAGUGUCUAACGACAAUGUUGCAUGUCAGAUUAGUGAUACCAACACUAACAGAGUUGAAAAACCACCCAUCUUAUCCAGUGAAACACCUUUAGAGACACUAAAGAAUGCUGACAAAGAACCUGUUCUGAAUCAGAAUCAGAAUCAGUCAGUGACCUUGUACCCCAAUGAUAAUUCUGCUGAUGCCGCUGAUGCUUUACAGGUUCAUAACAAUGUUGCCUCAAAGCAGAAAAGAAUGGGCUAUAAACAAAAGCAUAAUCUUUCUCUAGGCAAGACUUUGAAUGUUUCUACCACCUCAACUGCCCCAAAAGUUGAGAAUGACACAGCAGCUUGUGUAAAUGAAUCUUCCGGCUUUGCUACAAAUGAAGUAAGUUCAGCCUUUGUCUCAGGCUUACCCAUGAAUUCAACUUCUAUGGUCGAGUCAUCUGUAAACCAGAAAAGGAAGAAUAAUAGGAAUAGCAAAAACAAACAGAAAGUUGAAGAAAUUUCAUCGUUGGCUGCAUUACCAACAGCAAUACCAAAGGAAACCAAUCUUCCUAGAAGCUCUGUUGAAAAUAAACCCAGGGAAGACAUCGGAUUAGAUCAUAGCUCACUUCAGUCAUCAUCCUUGUCUAGAGAUCCAAAUCAGUAUUCAGAGCAAAGAUAUUCAGAAAAUGAAGAAUCCUACGGUAGAAUGAAUAGCCAAUUGAAAUCACAACAUUCUCGUAGGACACCAAGAAACUUGCAGGCUAAUAGACAAGCAGAGAAAUCCCAUGGGAGUGAUGUUUUGAUGUGGGCACCUGUUAAACCACCUAACAAGAUAGAGAUCGUGAAUGACUCAAGUGACAAAAGUAAAAUUGAAGUAAUUGUUCCUGCAAAGAAUGACCAACAGGUGCAUAAUUUAAAAAAUAAGAGAGCUGAAAUGGAGAGAUAUAUACCAAAACCUGUUGCAAAAGAAAUGGCUCAGCAAGUAAGUUUACAACAAAUGGUGUCCUCAAUAAGUCUGGCUCCGACAGAUGACUGUGUUGAAAGAGUUGAUUCUUGUUCUCAAGGCCCCCAGAUAUCUCAGCAUACUACUUCAGCAGUUGGAAAGAUGGGUUCUGGAAUGGAGUCUAAAAAUGGAGAUAGCAGGAAGACUAGGGCUUGGAAGGGCAAAUCACAUGGAUCAUGGCGGCAACGGAAUUUAACAGAAUCUACUGAUGUUCAUGACAUGCAAGAUGGAGUGGACCAUGGUUCAAACUCUUAUCAAAAUAUUCAGAUACCGAUGGAGCAUCAGCAAUUUCAAAAGUCUGAAACAAGCCUCUUGAAAGGACAAAAGAAGCAUGUUAAUGACACUAGCAAACCUGAUAGCUCAAACAAUCCCAACAAUCAUGAUUCUGCUUUUGUGGAUUCUGUUCCUAUUAUUGAAGAUCCUAAAGCAACGGUCAGGGAGAGGCAGGUCCCUUUUAGAGGACUGAAAGGCACAAGGGUGAACCAUGAUGUUGAUCAGAAGAAAAAUGCCGGGGACACAGGAAAAACUGAAACUCUAUCAUCAUUGUCUGAGCACAAUCAACCAGAUGUCAAUGCUGUUUUAAAGGAAAGCCGAAGUACUGGAGAACGCAUCUCAUCUCAUUGGCAACCCAAAUUCCAGGCAUCAAAUACACAGAGAGGAAACAGGCCCAAGAAAAAGGAGUCUACUCAUGCUGGUGCAUCAUUUCAAGAUGGUCAAGACAAGGAGUCUAGCACUCAUGUAGCACAACCUCCCAGCCAAUUGGUCUUUGAAAAGAGCAAGGGUGGAGAUCCUCCAAAUUUAGGGAAUCCAGAUGCUGUAAGAGAGAGUAGAAAUGCUCCACCAAAAGGCCAUCCUCACUCCACAAAUCAGGUAGCUGUUAGCUCAAAUGAGCAGGCUCCAACAGGUAUGGAUCCUAGGCAUCAGCAACGCCCAUCAUCUGGAGGUCGCAGAAAUGGAAACCAAAAUCGUUUUGGAAAGGGACACGAAUCUCAGGGAGAUUGGAAAACAGCUGUGCAAGAUAACAGGUAUCAUCAUGACCAGCCUGCAAACCGGGAAAGACAAGGUCCAAACUUUCAUAAUGAGUACCAAUCUGUUGGGCCACAUGGUGGUGACAGCCAAUCAGACAACUUUGAACGACCUAAAGAUGGUAAUUAUCAUGCUGGGGGAAGAUUUAGGGACAGAGGUCAAACUCACUCAAGACGAGGAGGUGGAAACUUCUCUGGACGCUAGUUAGAGUGGUGGUUUUAAUUAGAAGCUGUUAAUGAGUAGUAGUUCUACUUCAAGAUGGUUUUUGUGCUCCAUCAGAAGCCAUACAUAUAUUGGGGUAUAUGUAGUGCAGGUUUUGGAUACACUGAGUUUUGAAUGGUAAAUGCAGUUGCACGUCAGUUAUGUUUUGAUGGUCAGUAGGCAUUUGGCAGAGCUAGGAACAAUGAAGAUGAUGCCUCCUUUUUGGUUUCGGGGAGAAGGAGUUUUGAUGGAUGGGUGCCCUGUGAUUUAUUAUUCUUCCUAUGUAUCUGAUUGAAAAUAGCAAUUUGAUGGCAUGACAUUUUGUUUUUAAAUUCGUGGAGACCGCUCCCGUCUAUGACUUCGUACUUCCUGUUGAUGUCCCUUCCUUUUUAUUUAGAAAGCUUAAAUAUAUUAUUGUUUUCACAAAUAUAGAGGUUUCUGAGUUUAA